AUGGACCACUUCGUCACCCUACUUCCUCCAGCCGAAAGCGAAGCGAACAGGGUCGAGUAUCAACCCACCAACAUCGAAGCCGAGGCCAACAAGCAGCGCAGGAAAGUUCAGAACCGAAAGAACCAAAGGGCACAUCGACUGCGAAACAAAAAGCAAGACCCAGUUUCUGUUCAGACGUCGCGCCCGUUCCAAAUUGAGCGCUGGCGCCUGGAUGAAGUUGAAGAAAGCCCAUCCCAUUCCACAGAGCCCACUGCUCAAGAUGUGACGAUCAACGCAUCGAUAUCCAUUCCUGAUCGCUCUGUAGUCCUCCGGACGCCGCCUCCAUACACCCCGGGUCAAGCUCCCACUACGCUAACACCCCCGUCCAUGGUCUUUCCCCUCUCUACGGACCACCUCCUUCACCUAGUACAAUACAACGUCUUCCGAGCCUUUGUCUCAAACAAGCGUACUCUAAACGCGCUUCUUACAGGGUGGACAUACGAGAUGCCUCCUUCCCCAACCACUUGUCCCAUCAGCCUUCCCUACAUCGACGACACAAACAUCUAUCCCUUGAAUCCCAAUAUACCUCCUUCACUCUUCCCGACUCGCAUCCAGCAAGAGCGUUUGCACUCUUUCUGGAUCAACCUCUUUCCUUUUCCUUCAGUGCGCGACAACCUCAUCAGGCAUGAGGGCCUCUUCGAUCACUGGGAGCUACUGCAGGAUCUCAUUGGCGAGCUCAUGGGUGCUACGCCAAUGCAAGAGCGACGAGGUACGCCUCUUGCUAUCACUGUGUCUGACCCUAAGGUUGUGUCGACACCGCCGACCGCAGUAGUGGGACGUGAUGAGGAUGAGGUUACUGCAGGUCGCAAGGGACUCAUUGUUUGGGGUGAGCCGUACGACAUGAAGAGCUGGGAGGCUACCCCUGGCUUUCUGGCUAAGUGGUCGUGGGCUGUACAGGGAUGCGACGACCUGCUUGUUUCUAGUAACCGCUGGAGGUUGAUGAGGGGAGAGGAACCUUUGCGCAUUCCUCUAAUGGAAAAUUAG